CCUACAAUGGAAGAUAGUUUCAGAGUUCGCUUAGACAAAAUAUUCGGUUCCCUCUCUUCUUCUUCCUCUUCACAAUCUCUACCCUCUUCCUCUCUCUGGUGUCUCACCGACGAAGAAAUCGAGAAGCGUCAAUGGACUCGAGAAUCCGACGCUUCCUUCCCUACCGAAGAGGAAGACGACGAUGAUAACAAUGGUUUUUUACCUUCUAAUGUUGAUCACUUUUUCUUUACGGAAAAGAAUAAAUUGAUGGUGUCGGAGAAGAAUCCUAAUUCUAACCCUAACCCUAGUUGUUCGAAUGAUAGUAAGGAAUUUGAAGAUGAUGUUAAAGAGUGCGAGGAUGAUGAAGGUGAAGGGAAAAGCUCGUUAAAUCGUAUUCAGAAGAUUGGAGGCGAUGAUGAAGAUGAAUUGGAUGUUAGGAACUCUAUUGGCAUCAAUGGCAUGGACUGUACUCUUGACUUUGAGGAAGAAGAGGAUGGAUAUGAUAAAAUGGCUGUUGGAAAAGAAAAAGCUGGUGAUCGCCUACACAUGUCUGAUGUGACUGAUUAUACACCUCAUCUUAACUAUAAUGAGCUCCCCAACACAUUAAGGGAUGUCUCCAGAGAUCCACGCGCUGAUCACUUGGCCGCAAAGCUCAGGCUUAAAGAAGAUGCAGAAGCAGCAAGGAGCUUCAACUCUUUGCAUGUUUCUGAUCAAACUGAGGAUGGUGUUUCUGUUCAAAAUAAUGUUGCUGAAGAUGAAGACCUCCCCAAGCCAAUAUUGAAGCGAAAAGAUGAUCAGAUGGAUUCAAAGGCCGGAAAACGUGUGCGGUUUGAUGCCAGCUGUAAAACCCAUGAUCACAGUGCAUCUGAAGGUGAUAAAAUUGUUGUGUCAGAGGCUUCUCAUGCAGACAACUGUUCACUGGAAGAAUAUUCUUCACUGCAGCACAAUUCUUCAUUAGUGCCGGAUUAUGUGCGCCAUCCUUUAAGGUAUACACAUUACACAUUUGAUUCAUCAAGUGAUAUGAAUGAAGAAUCUAAUUAUCAGGCGUACACGGACUUCCUUAAGAUGGUGAAGAAGUCAAAGUCAGAAGCUGAUGAAGUUCCUGCUGACCUUACAAAACCUGUGAUAUUCAAUCGGAAGAAGAAAGCCGGUGAUGAUUUCAAUAGUAUCACUGACAAGACUGGUCAUAUCAAGGAAAAAUCUAUGGAGGAACCUGUACAGAAGAAAAGUAUCCCCCUAAGUAUUGCUGCAGGGAAUCCAGAAGAAUAUGAAGUUUCCGAAAUGGAAGUAGAUGAGCUAGAAACUACAGCCGUGAAGAUUGCGAAUGGCAAAAGAACAGCUCGUAAAUAUCGCUCUAAAGUCGCCGAGGAGAUAAAUGAGCCUGAUAAUUGAUAUCCGGCUAGAAAAAUUUGAUGUAUAGCCAUGGCUUUGGCAUUGUUGUAUGGCAAAUAUUAUUGUACAAGGGCAAGGGUUAUUUAACUAGGUGAGUUUAUGGGGACUUCUUGAUUUGGCAGUAUAAUAGAACUCACAAGAUCGACGUAACUUAUCACUGCAGCAUGUUAAACAUUCGUCGUGCUUUCCUUUGGUUAUGCCAUGCCCUUCUCCAAUAAGGGACAUGCUCAUGAUUUGUGGCCAUGCCUUUUAAAGUUGAUUCAGUCGUAUACUCUCUCCAUCCUUGACAGUUUAGAACAUUAUUGUUAUUCGGAACUCUCUUUAUUGGAACAUGACGUCCUUGGAAAACUUGCUGGGUAUAUGCACAGCUUACAGCCUCAAAAGAGUUAUUGGUUAAAUGAGUCCAUGAACAUUGUAUGAAAAGAGGUUUAUUAGGUGUACAAUACAAAUGCUUGCUUAUGGUAACAUGGAAAAUGGACUAUCUCAACAAGGAAAAAAAAAUACUUGCUCCAUUAAAGAGGUUUAUGAAAUCAUGUUAAUAAGUGGUGCCAGGGGUAUAUGGGAUAAGGUGGUCUGAAAUAAACAUCUUAUAAAGUACGUGACAUAAAUAUAGAUAAGUAAACAUAUAAAGCUACAACGACAUGCACCGGUGUAAAGAUAUGUAAGUUAAUUUAACGAAUAAAGUAGAUUGCUUUCUUAAAGGACAAACAUUUGCUUUAAUGUCCUGAUUUAUUUCCGUAGAAAGAAAGGCACAUCAAAAGAGCUAAACCUACAUGUAUGAACCAAGGGAAAUGGUGAAAAAUGGCUAUUCCCGAAAACGGUUUUAACCAAGAUUAAAAACUUUCCAACUAUUAAGAUCUCC